AUGUGGGGAGGAAAGAAACGUCUCUACUCAGCCACAAAAUUUAUUUUGUACACGGCGGGAGGUUUCAUUUUUCUCUUAAUGGGAGUUCUGGGUGUCAGUUUAUAUGGUUCUAAUGAACCAACAUUAAAUUUUGAAACAUCAGUGAAUCAAUCGUAUCUUGUGGCUUUGGAAAUAAUAUUCUAUAUUGGAUUUUUUAUUGCUUUUGCUGUCAAAUUACCGAUUCUACCCCUACAUACAUGGUUACCAGAUACCCACGGAGAGGCACAUUACAGUACUUGUCAUUGGCGGUCAUGUCCUCAUGAAGCGGGUGUAACUUCAGAGCUCAAUAACCUACGGAACGAUCUAUCUUCAGCACAGUUGGUCAAUAGAGCUGAUACUUGGGAGUCCUCCUUAGAUAAAGAUGGAGCUUUCAAAGUAUGUGAUCUAAGAUGGAAAGUUGAUUGUCAAUCUGGAAUAACUCAAAAUAUUCCCACAAUCAAAUGGAGCAAGGAAGUCCCAAUCAAGGUUAAUUGUUUCUUAUGGCGAGCAAUUCAACAGAGGAUAGCUUCAAUGGUGAGUCUUAGAGCUAGAGGUAUUGGGACUCAAACUACUUUGUGUGGUGCAUGCAUAAAUGGUGCAGCUUACAUAAUCAGUCAUUCAAUAGCAUUGGUGAACUGCUCGGAUUUGCUGCAAAUUGGGGGAGGAGUCCUAAAAUGA